AUAUCGUAUUUCCAUAGUAGUAUUAUGAAAUUCAAAGAUAAUUAAAAAAAGAGAAACUCAAAACCGACAUUUUUCUUCUGUUUCCAGCUUUUCUUUAUCUUUGGAGUUUGGUUUCUGGAGAAGACAAAAGUUGUUGUCCUUUUUAAGAGUUCGAGAUCCUGCAGAAAUUAAAAAAGGGGUCGUCUCGAGUUUUGUUAAAACUUGACCCGUUUCCGGUUGGAUUCCUAAUUAUGGGUUCAGAAAUUAAGCAGAUAUUGAAGACUCUCUGUUUCAGCCAUGGAUGGUCUUAUGCUGUGUUUUGGCGCUAUGAUCCCAUCAAUUCCAUGUUAUUAAGAUUUGAAGAAGCAUACAAUGAUGAACAAUCAGCCGCACUUGUUGAUGAUAUGAUUCUCCAGGCUCAUAUCUUAGGCCAAGGAAUUGUGGGAGAAGUAGCUUCGACCGGAAACCAUCAAUGGCUGUUCUCAGACGCAUUGUUUCAGUGGGAACAUGAGUUUCAGAAUCAGUUUCUCUCUGGCUUUAAGACUAUAGCAAUCCUUCCACUAGGAUCUAGCGGCGUUGUUCAGCUAGGAUCUACUCAAAAGAUUCUUGAGAGCACAGAGAUAUUGGAACAAACAACAAGAGCUCUGCAGGAGACGUGUUUCAAACCAGAUGAUUCGCGGGAUCUCGAUACUCUGUUCGAGUCUUUAGUCCCACUGGGAGAUUGCGAGAUUUUCCCAGCUGAAUCUUUCCAAGGAUUCAGCUUUGACGACAUCUUCGCCGACGACAAUCCUCCUUCUUUGCUCAGCCCUGAGAUGAUCUCUGUUGAAACCUCUGAAGCAGCUUCUUCCCACCAAGAUCUUAGCAAUGGAGAUGAUUUUGGGUUCGACAUUCUCGAGUCUUACUCUCUGGACGAUCUUUACCAGCUGCUCGCUGAUUCCCCUGAACAGAACUGCUCUUCCAUGGUGAUCCAAGGAGAUGACAAGGAUCUUUUCGACAUUUUGGGGAUGAAUCCUCAAACGCCUACAAUGGCUUUGCCGCCUAAAGGACUCUUCUCAGAGCUCAUAAGCAGCAGUCUUAGCAACAACACUUGUAGUAGUUCUCUCACAAACGUGCAAGACUAUUCUGGCGUGAACCAGAGCAAAAGACGGAAGCUUGAAACAUCAUCAGCGCAUAGCUCAAGCUUGUUUCCGCAGGAGGAGACAGUAAAUGGUCGGAGUUUGUGGAUUGAUGAUGAGAGAUCGAGCGUUGGAGGGAAUUGGAAGAAGCCUCACGAAGAAGGUGUGAAGAAGAAAAGAGCAAAGGCAGGAGAAAGCAGGAGGCCGAGGCCUAAGGACCGUCAGAUGAUACAAGACCGUAUCAAGGAGCUGCGAGGGAUGAUUCCAAAUGGAGCUAAGUGUAGCAUAGAUACGUUGCUUGAUCUGACCAUAAAACACAUGGUGUUCAUGCAAAGCCUCACCAAGUACGCGGACAGACUCAAAGAACCAUACGAGCCUAAGCUGGUGAAGGAGAAAGAGAGAACAUGGGCGUUGGAAGUGGGGGAAGAAGGAGUGGUAUGUCCGAUAAUGGUGGAGGAAUUGAACAGGAAAGGAGAAAUGCAGAUAGAGAUGGUGUGUGAGGAAAGAGAGGAGUUCUUGGAGAUAGGAGAAGUGGUGAGAGGAUUGGGAUUGAAGAUAUUGAAAGGAGUGAUGGAAAGAAGAAAAGGGCAAAUAUGGUCACAGUUCAUCGUAGAGGCAAAGCCACAAGUGACAAGGGUUAGAAUAUCUGCCAUGGACGAGGCUGACUUGGUCCAGAAAGAUCCCUCUGGUCGCUACAUUAGGUAUAAUGACGUUCUCGGGAGAGGAGCCUUCAAAACUGUAUAUAAGGCAUUUGAUGAAGUCGAAGGUAUUGAAGUUGCUUGGAACAUCAUGAGCAUUGAAGAUGUCUUGCAGAUGCCUGGCCAACUUGAUAGGCUAUAUUCCGAAGUCCAUCUCCUCAAUUCCCUUAAACAUGAUAACAUCAUCAAACUCUUCUACUCUUGGGUUGAUGAUCAUAACAAGUCUAUCAACAUGAUCACUGAGCUUUUCACCUCUGGUAGUCUCAGCUUUUAUCGUAAAAAGCACCGCAAAGUUGAUCCCAAGGCCAUCAUGAACUGGGCAAGGCAGAUUCUUAAAGGCUUGCACUUUUUGCAUUCUCAGAGCCCUCCUGUCAUUCACCGGGACCUCAAGUGCGACAAUAUUUUUGUCAACGGAAAUACCGGAAAGGUCAAAAUCGGAGAUCUUGGCCUUGCAGCUGUUAUGCAGCAACCCACUGCUCGAAGUGUGAUUGGUACUCCUGAAUUCAUGGCGCCUGAGCUCUAUGAAGAAGAAUACAAUGAACUUGUGGACAUCUAUUCUUUUGGCAUGUGCAUGUUGGAGAUGGUAACAUGUGAAUACCCAUAUAGUGAAUGCAGAAACCAGGCUCAAAUAUACAAGAAGGUUACCUCGGGUAUAAAACCUCAAUCUCUCAGCAAAGUUGAUGAUCCUCAAGUUAAGCAAUUCAUAGAGAAGUGUCUUCUCCCAGCUCCUUCUAGACCAACUGCUCUAGAGCUCCUGAAGGACCAACUCCUUGCAGUAGAUGGCGCCAAGGACUCCACUCUUGCUGCUUCAUCAAACACAACAUUCAAACCUGCAAAGCCACCACAGUCUGAAUAUCGGCGUAUGGAUGUGGAUCAUAAGGAGAAUACAAGUGUUUCCAUCUGCUCCUCUGCUAAAAGCAGCCAAGAAUGCUCGUGGCUCCAGACCAUUGAAGUCCAGAGGGUUGCUGAAAAUACCGAAUUCAGGUUGAGUGGAGAGAGGAGAGAUGAUGUGGCAGCAUCAAUGGCUCUGCGUAUCGCGGGCUCAUCUGGUCAAGCAAGAAAAGUUGAUUUUGAUUUCAAUCUGAAGACAGACACAGCAAGAGCAGUUACAGGGGAGAUGGUUGAAGAGCUUGAUCUGUCAAGCCAAGAGGUUAUUGUGAUAGCUGAGAUGAUAGAUGAACUGAUAAUGAAGCUGAAGGCUAAUCGAAGCCUGCCUUAUGAUGCAAACAGUUUAGUUCAGUCGAAGGAUGAAGAAGCUGGAGAAUCAAUGAAGUCAGACAUAUCAGCAGACUACUACCAUCGGGUCUCCUCAAACGAGGGUUCAGGGCUCGGCUGCUGCUGCGAGGCAGUAGAGUCAUUGUUGUCCUCGUUUCUGGAUUCGUGCUCAAUGGUGUCAAACAAGCAGUCGGAGGAUCUGAAGGCGGAGCUGAAUGUGAUAGAGUCGCAAUAUAACCAAUCUUGUCAACGACUGCUGAAGCUGAAAGAGGAAGCUAUAGAGAAGGCUAAACAGAAGUGGAUGAAGCUGAGUUGAUGAUUCCUUCAUUUCAUUUGACGUAGCCACAGUUUUGGGAUUUGCUGCCUUUUUUUGGUUUGUUUCACUGCCUUUUUUCUUCAUUUCCCGUCGCUUUUGGUUAUGCAAUAUGCAUAUUGCAUUGCAUCAGGAAUCACAGAUUGAAAGAAUGAAAUGUAUAUGAUGUUAAUAACAUUAAUAAUUCCUG